CAAGAAAGAGAGCAAGAAAGUAGAGAGGGUACGGAAAGAUAUAAUUGUCACCGUUGCGAGAGAAAAGAAACGCUAUAGAGAUCGGGCGCAAAUAAAUCGAGUUAAGAAAUAAAUGGUGCGAGAUGAUCUUCUAUCGAGACUCCUCAAAAUUCUGAUCAGAGGUAUUGAACAAGUCAAAAUUAGUAACAUACAACAUUAACUUUCAAAAUGGCCAGUGACACCAGUGACCAGUUACAAAAGAGGAAACCAAAGCGUUCCAAAAAUUAUGAUGAGGAUGACUAUCCUGAAGGUUAUAGACUCCGUUCUGGAACUGACAGUUUUCCAAAUAUCAAUGAGAGACCAGUUGAAGACAUCUCCAUUGAAUUUUUUUAUGAACCUCAUACAAUCACACUCCUCAUUAUUUCAAUAUGUGCUGUCAUCUACUUUGCAUUUGUCAGAGACUGCUCCAAUGUAGAAGAGAAUUUAUGGUCAGGAUUAUUAAGUAUUAUUUUCUUCUUCCUCAUUAUAUCAAUAUUAACUUUUCCAAAUGGACCAUUCACACGUCCUCAUCCUGUUGUAUGGAGGAUAGUAUUUGGUAGCAGUGUUUUAUAUGAAACAUUUCUAUUGUUCAUGUUGUUUCAAAACUACAAGACAGUAAGAAAUAUAUUUGUAUGGAUAGAUCCAAGUUUAGCUAACUUUCGCAUAGACAUGGAUAAAGAGUAUGCAGUCAAUUGUUCAGACAUAACUGUAGAAAAAAUUUGGAAUCAAAUGGAUGUCUAUGCGGUGGCUCACUUCCUUGGUUGGGCCUUUAAAGCAGUCCUUAUACGUCAUUUGGGAAUUUUAUGGGCUAUAAGUGUAAUGUGGGAAGUGACUGAAAUUAUGUUUGCUCAUCUGCUACCAAACUUUAAAGAAUGUUGGUGGGAUGCUAUUGUUCUGGAUGUACUUGUAUGCAAUGGUUUAGGUAUCUGGGUAGGACUGAAGAUUUGUCAGAUGUUAGAAAUGAGAGAAUACAAAUGGGUCAGCAUUAAGGAUAUUGAAAGUACUAAAGGCAAAUUGAAAAGGGCUGUACUUCAAUUUACACCAGAAAGUUGGACAUCAGUUAGGUGGCUCGAUCCUCAUUGUACACAUAUGAGAUUGAUUGCACUUGUACAGCUUGUAAUAUUCUGGCAAGUUUCAGAGCUGAACACAUUCUUUCUCAAACACGUCUAUGAGUUUCCACCAUCUCAUCCAUUUGUUGUAUGUAGAUUAGUAUUAGUAGGAGUUAUCGUUGCUCCAUCGGUCAGGCAAUAUUACAUGUACGUGACUGAUCCCACUUGUCGUAGAGUAGGAACGCAAUGUUGGGUUUAUGGCGCUAUAAUGGUAACAGAGGCCUUACUUUGCAUCAGGCAUGGAGCUGAAUUGUUUGAGAGAACUCAAGCUCUUAACAUUUUGAUCUGGCUGCUUUGUCAAACUCUAGUCUCAGUGCUGUGUGUUUAUGGCUGUGUUUUGUGGCAUCGAUACUUCGCGAAGAACAAAAAGAGUUACUGCAAUCAGGAAGAAAAGAGUUGCGCAGAAGCUACUCCUGCUGGGGCAUUGGAGGAUGAUGCUGAAGUCAUGGAGUCCAAAGAGGAUAAAAAAAACAUUUAAGCACCUGGAUUGUACGAAUGAUACCACCGGCUGAUAGCCGAAUCUUCUAGUCGUGCUAAAAGUAAUCAUUAGCGCGGGAAUGCCAUGAAAAAAGUUUGUUUUUUGCGAAAAAUUCUUGCGAAGAAUGCAUGAUAUAUAAGAAUGUAUGAGAGUUAACACAGAGUAAAGUGAUUUUUAUUUUUAUUUAAUUCUAGUUUUGUUCUUAACGACAGUUGAUUUAAUGAAUUAAUGAAUGACUGAGUAGUUCAAAAGUGGGAAAAGGAUUAAGAUCUAAUUUAAUUUUAUAUAACGAAAUUAGUGAAUCCAUCCAGCUUGGCUGCAUUGAAAGUUGAUAGAUAUUUAGUUUUAUUUUCUUGUUUUAUUUUGAAUUUGGUACAUUUUUUACUUUAUAAAAUAAUUACUAACAGAAAAUUUGUUAUUAGAAUGAUGUCCCUAUUUUGUAUAUAACUAAAAUAUUUUUAUUUCAAAAUUGAAUUCAUCAUGAUUGAAGAUCUUGUGAUUUAAAAAUAUUACUUUCGAGUAGAUUUUCGAGAUUUUUAAGUUUCUUUUUAUGUAAUUGUUAAAGCAGUUGAAAUCACAAUGACAAUUUUCUUGGCUGUCAAAUUAUUUUGUUACGUUAAUUAAUAAAUGUAACAAACUUGUUACAUUAACUAAGGAAAUGUUUUAAGGAAUAAACAUCAAAAUAUUGCCAUUAGUAAAUUCACUUGCAUUGUAAAAAUUAUAUUUCUAGUAAAAUGUUGUAAAAUAAAAUCAGUCAAAUAUAAAUUUCAAAGAUCUCAUGAAUAUUUUAACUAAUUAUAAAAAUAUAUCAUUUAAAUAUCCUAUUAUAUACGUAUAUACAGAUAUACGUCACUAGAUCUAACUAAAUUUAUCCUAUUAUAUCGUCUAAAACGUAAAAUUAUAAAAUAAUAAAUUAGAGUAAUACUGUGAACUUACAUGAAAUAUGGUUUUCUAUGAAAAUUUAGAGGUGCCUUCGCGUAGAGCAUCGAUAUAAAUGAAAAAUCGUAAACUUUUAUAUACACGACAUAUGUAUUUCAUUGGAUUAAUUUAAUGGAAUCUAAUAGGGUUCAUAUCAACUACCAAAGUUUGGUGUUUUAAAAUGGAGGUAUAAAUAUAAACUUAAGGAGACUUCUUUUGUCGUAAGUGCGUUAUUUGAAUAUUUAUCAUGGAAAUGGCUUCUACUUUGUAAUUUAAAUUCUACGAAAAUAUCGAGUUAGGUAAUCCUGUAGUGUGCCUGAAAUAAAAAAAUUUGUUUCAAAAUCAAGGUUACACCAGUCAGAGUAGUAUGAUUUAAAAAACAAAAAAGUAAAAAGAAUAAAUGUAAUAAUGUUUAUUUGACGAGGAUCCCACAUGUGCCAAUAGCAUUUGUAUUUGUAAAUUGAAAAACUGUGUAAGAUCGCAGCACAUGUCCGACAAUCAUUUAAGCUAUGUAUGAAGAUCUUUGUAAAGUCAUAGCUUGAUAUUUUUUUAUUUUCUCGCCCAACGGUGUUCAUGGUAUGUUCUAGUGUCGAUAAUCAUAGACAAAUAAUUUCAAUUAUCAACACAGCUACAUCGACUGAAUUAGAAGUGAAAUAGUCCAAGCAUUUUUAUUAUUUUUUCCAUGCUAUCAAGCUGAAAAUUUCUAUUUUGUAAAAAUUCAUAUUUUCGGAAUCUCUUACAGUAGUAUCUCUUAUAGCAGCUUCGUAGUGUGUAAUUGCCAAAGGAAUCGUCCCUUCAGAAUUAGCAAUGUAAGACGUAUGGUACUUUAUUUCUUAAUUAAUUGUUAAAUAAAAAUAAACUUUUGUAAUACACGCUCAUUGCAAAUUCCAAUCAAAGAUGCAUGCACCGAAACUACAUAUAUCCUUCGCAUGUUCCUUUAUAAUUGCAUUCUGAGAGAAUGAAAAAAAGAGACCUAGAUAAUAAUUUUUUACAUACGAUUGUAAUCUUGUUUUGUUUGUUAUGUUUCUGAUUGUAAUCGUGAUUUACUCUCAAUUCGACAAGUUAUAUUAUAAAAUCAAUGAAUAAAUAAAUGAGUUGAGAGAAAUGAUUACGUUUUU